AUCGACAUAUCUCCUCUCUCCAGACUGGUUGACUGUAAAAUCACACAUGAAUCCUGUGAGACUCUGGCCUCAGCUCUGCAGACACCAAACUCCCCCCUGAGAGAACUGGACCUCAGCUACAAUGACCUGGGAGACAGAGGAGUGGAGCUGCUCUGUGUUGGACUAACCAGUCCACUCUGCAACAUACAGACACUAGUACUGGUUGACUGUAAAAUCACACAUGAAUCCUGUGAGACUCUGACCUCUGCUCUGCAGACACCAAACUCCCCCCUGAGAGAACUGGACCUCAGCUACAAUGACCUGGGAGACAGAGGAGUGAAGCUUCUCUGUGUUGGACUAACCAGUCCACUCUGCAACAUACAGACACUAGUUCUAGGUCAGUGUGGUCUGACAGAGGGUUGCUGUUCAGAUCUGGCCUCAGUCCUGAGUUCACCCAACUCACAACUGAAACAACUGGAGCUGAGAGACAAUGACCUGCAGGACUCAGGAGUUACACUGCUGUCUGCUGGACUGGAGGAUCCAGACUGUAAACUACACACAUUGGGGCUGUCUGGCUGUCUGGUCACAGAGGAGGGCUGUGCUGCUCUGUCUUCAGCUCUGAGGUCAAACCCCUCCCACCUGAAAGAGCUGGACCUGAGCUACAAUCACCCAGGAGUCUCUGCAGGGGGACUGCUUUCAGCUGCUCUGGUGGAUCCCACAUAUAAGCUGAUGAAGCUGAAUGUGGAUCAUGGUGGAGAGUGCAGGCUGAAAUCAGGGCCGAGGAAAUAUGCCUGUAAUCUCACCCUGGACCCAAAUACAGCACACCCAAACCUGAUACUGUCUGAGGGGAACAGGAAGGUGACACAGGUGGUGGAGGACCAGCAUUAUGAAGACCAUCCAGACAGAUUGGAUCAUCCCCAAGUUCUCUGCAGAGAAGGCUUAUCUGGAGGUCGUUAUUACUGGGAGGUGGAGAGGGAUGGUGACGGGACUUUCAUUGGUGUGGCGUACAAAGGAAUGAAGAGGAAGGGAGGGAAGAUUGACCGUAGGAUUGGACUCAAUAGGAAGUCCUGGUGUUUAGUCUGCUAUGAUAGUGCUUAUAACUUUUACCAUAAUGGAGUCAUCAGAUACAGUCGACCAGAUACUUGUCCUGAUUCUGACAGAGUUGGAGUGUAUCUGGACUGGCCAGCUGGUACUUUGUCCUUCUAUAGUGUGUCCUCCUCUGGUACACUGACACACCUUCACACAGAACACACCACAUUCACUGAACCCCUCUAUCCUGGGUUUAUAAUGUACUCCUCCGACUACACCUCAUUGACCCUGUGUCCGAUAGAUGACCAACACAUUCAGAGAGACCAUGGUGGAGAGAGUUGGAUCAAACCUGGACCUGAGGACACCAGAGAGGAUUCCUCAGAGCUGUAA